UCGGGGACCUAAGCACACUAGACUUUUCGACCGGAGGCGGAGGCCUCGACUCUAAGGGGAGAAGGGGACUUGAGCAGGUUUUUCUCUCGCUCUGUGGUCUCUGAAACGGACUCGUCAGGCAGAAAACAAACUUGUCCGUGACCUGUCUCAGUCUCAGCAGCAGCUGCAGGAAAAUAUUCUCGCGAGAUCUGGCAAAACAUAGCUCUUCUCUGUGUUGGUGCUGAAUCGUCUGUCUGGUUUCACCCGAUGUUAUCUAAAACAACUUAAUAGAGUAACUUUCUGAACCGUCUCUGAUACAACACGAACUGUUCCGUCACACACACGGCGUUCACAAAACGAGAAGAAGGUGGCGAGGAGACCACGCCCACUUAGGGGACAGGAAACGUAUUUUUUAUUUUUUUUGAAUCAUAUGUCAGUAUAUCACUGGCGGACCCUGUAGUGUGUUAUCUUCUGUUCGAGAGGAUCUUUGACCCUUUAGAUAAACAAGCUUGCAACGCAGCCGAGGUGACAAUAAAUAAACAAAUAAGAAGAGCCGAGAGGCUGACCAAUCAGAUAUCCCCGUCCCUGACAGCUGGCCAAUCACAGAGCGCGCAUCGGACUGAAAACUAUUCAACAUGGAGGCAACAGUUGAAAAGCUCGAAGCGAUGUUCCUGAAGUCGGAGGCAGACCUGGAAUACAUCGAGAAGCGGCUGAAGCUGGACUUCAUCAACAGCACUGCAGAGAAUGGAUGUCCCGCUGAGGAGAACCCGGCAGUGAUGCUGGAGACCCUGAGGUCCAUCAAGGCCAAACACACAGCGCUGUGCGCUCAGGUGACGGAGAUCGCAGCCGCACAGAAAGAGUCCAUGGACUCCAUCAGGAACAACCUCGGCAGUGUCAUGGGGCUGAUCCAACACUUCCAGGAGACUACUGACGUGGAGGUUCAGCCACCGACAGAGUCAGUGCAAGAGUCCGCAGAGCUCCUGGGUUCAGCUUGCAUUAAGACCACAUCAGAGGUGUCUUCUGCGGUUGCAGAUUCUUGCCAACAGCAGCCAUCGAGCUGCGAGUAUGAGGAGCUGAGUGAAGCGACGUUUGAGGGGGUUCCUCUCAGCAUACGCUCCAACGUUAAGCUGGAUGACCUCAAUGUGUUCUACCAGCAGCUGCAGCAGCACUUCAGCAAAGACAGUGGCUCCCUUAGUGCACAGAAGAUGAAGCAGUUGAAGAUGAAGGUGAGCAAUGCCAAGCUCAAGGUCCUGCAGCACCUCUCUUUAGUCAAGAUGGACAAGAAAGGCAACAUUCGUCUCGCGAUGUGAGGUGGAUCAACAGCUGGGGAGACUGCUGACGGUUGACUGUGGGUUCUGCUCUACCACCUGUUCCACAUGACCUGGAAUAUGGAAGGUGAACUUACUGAAGGACCAGACUGGAGAGGCUCUGGGGCCAUGGUCAGACACAUGACAUAAGUCAAAUUUUCAGUCCGGAUGUUGUUGUUUACUGUUGCAGUUUAAAUCCACAAGCGAUGCAUAUUUGAACACUAUAGGUCAUAUUUGUCUUAUUUAUAUGUAUCUUAACCUUCUGUACCACCUGCCAUCUCAAUGUGCUUUCGGUAAGGUUCAGUACACACUUGGCAAAGAUACAAGGAGAAGAUUGAUCACCAUAUUGUUUUUCUAAUAAAACUGGAUACUCUGGGACAUUAAGUCAUCUGAAGAGUAACUUAACAGCAGGCUGGAAAUCUGAGUGCUGCUGCCCUCUCUAGUUCAAAGUUUCAAGCCGGUUUCACCUCUGACUCUGUUGAAUCUAACAACAAUACCCAACAGUCACAUCACAUAGUUCUGUCACAGUAAACAAAAAUGAUCAGGGUGUGUCAAGUUACUCUUUUACUAGAUAAAUGAUCAAAGUGUGGACCGAAAACGACUGUCAUUUGUCUGCCACAGCCCGACUUUGCCCACAUUCAAGCUCACAUUAUUUACUUACUCUUCAAAUAGAUCUAUCCCAAGGAAUAAGAAAUCAUACUUCUAUUUUAAACACGGGUAUCGGCACAAAUUUUCAUAAGCCAGCCAUAGGUACGUGUUUACUGCGAGUAUAUUUUCACACAAGUGACGGUUUAGUAACUCUACAACAAAUUAUUCAAACUGUUUGACUUGAUAAAUGCAUGGACGUCUGGUGCUGUCAAUUCUUGAUAAAUAUCUAUACAAAUUAUAUUUUGUGUAGUAUUUUGGUACUACACAGCUGUUCAGUUGGCGUCGAUCAGUCAAUGUGCUAGUCAGUUCGAUAUUGUUAAUGGGCAUUGACUAAUGUAGUUUCUAACAAUAUUGAUUGUUCAUGUCCGUAUGUUCAGAAUGUUCUCGACAUGAGACGAUAAAUGUUGAAGAAGCAUUUACCUCUUAAAGAAAGCUCCAUGGCUGUCAGAGGAAAGCAAAGUUCUCUAAAUGGAGGGAUGGACUGCCUGCUUUAAAAUCAGAUGGUGUCUUUGUAUUUCAUCCUGAAACAGCACAAUGUAAAAAUAAAAUUGUUUGUGUUUUGUUUGUUCUCAUUAAGGCCGUAUUCUUCAUUAUGGUUUUAAAAUGAAACAAUGACUCGACUGGACUUUUAGCCUGGGUUCUGCCUGCUGCACACAAAAUGAUCUGUGUACAUCAGAAUGACUUCAGGACAUGUUUAAAUAAAUGAUCUAAUAAUUCAAAUGAU